UAAGGGGAGCGCUAUCGAUCGGAAGGCAUCAGUCGCCGCCGACCUCCCUCCAGCACAGCGACAUGCAGCUCCUCGUGGUCUCCGUUCUCGCGGUGCUGGCCUGCGCCUCUGCGCGGCCCGAAGCUCCCACGCAACAAUACGGCGCUCCCGACGCGGCGCCGUACCCGGCAUCGGGCUGGCGUCCAGAGGGCCGACAGUUCUUCCUGCCGUCGAGGAACUCCGGGCUGUACGCGCCGCCCCCGCAGCAGUACGGCCCGCCGCCCCCGGCAGCCCCCACGACCACGGAGGCGGCCGAGACGACCACGACGGAGCUGCCCACGACCACGGCGGCGUCCGACAUCGGCGUGGACGGCGCGCGCGCCUUUGCGCAGAGCGAGGCGUUCGGCAGCGGCUCCCAGAACGGCGUCUACUACCUGCUGCAGCCCGACGGCCGCCUGCAACGCGUCGCCUACGCCCACGGGCCCGCCCCCGCCCCCGCCGCCUACACGCAGUCCCAGGGGGCGGCGCCGGUGGACGCCGGCUACCUGGCCCGCUUCCACUACCAGGACCUGCCACCUCCAGGCGCCCCCAUCUACGCCUACAGCGCCCCCAAGCUCGUUCGCCUGUCUUAAGCAGGUGACAACCGCUGUCUUCCGUCCUUCAGAGGCUCUUUCCUCUGUACCGAUUUCUAAAUUUACAAACACCGCUUCAGUGACAGAGUGACAUCAUCUGUGUGCCAUCCUCGGCACAUUCUUCCUGUUAACUUUGUCUUUGCUUCGAGCAAAGACACAUGUUUCGAAUACCAGCCGCUGCGAAAAAGAUCUGUUAUAAUUCAGUGACCUGUACAAAAUAUUUGCACUUCUUUCCA